UCCCUGUGCCUCAGCAAUAGGAUUGUGCCAAUCAGCUGAACAUCCUCUCCCAGACUUCCCAGGAGCUUAUUUCUCUUACAGGCCAAUGUUAGCAUUUCAAUCGAGUCAGAUCCUCAAGUAGGCGGUAAAGACUCUCUCCCUAGGGGGCUGUCUCCCCUUUUCUGGGCCUGGGCUCAGCCUGAAGGUGUUAAAAUUUCUGCUCAUUGGUCAGUUACUAGGCGCCUUCCCCACUCCCAUUCAUUUUCUAUCUAAUCUAGAAACUUGCAUGAACCUUGUUCGUAGUGUCUGAGCACCUCAUUGAUCGAUUUAUCCUCCCCACGCCCCUGUGAGGUAGGUCUGGAUUAUUAUUAUUUUACACAUGGGGGGGAGUUGAGAUUUAAGGAGAUGAAUUGACUUGUCCAAGAUCACACAGGAAGCCUCCCAAAAGUAGGGAGUAGUGAAUGGACAAAGGCACAUGUGCCGCUGGCUUCGAAAUCUUCACCGUGGGUAUUUCCAGGAGUAGAACCCAGAUCUCCUCAGUUCCUGUCCAGUGCCUUGCCAUUAAACCAUUCUUCCCCUAGGACUUGCGUAGUCCUGUUUUUCAGUAGGUCAUCUCCGUCUCUGCGGAGGCUGUAAAAGGAUGAAGAUCUUGCAGGGGGCAGAGCCAGGCACACAGCCUCCUCAGAAACAUGCCAAUAACUCCACUCAUCAGACGGCAGAUGCCCCUACCUUUCUCCGUCACCUCUCUUAAGUGUGUGUGUCUGUGUCUGUGUGUGAGCGAGCCUGAUGGGAGUUAACAGAAGUCCCUAUUGGGUUGAAUUCUCCUGGACUGCACCGGGCUGUGCUGGUGCUGGGGUGAACUGUCCUCUGUAUUUAAACCUGCAAAUGGGGAGCUACUUCUUAAAUUAGCUGGGGAGGGAUUUCUUCCUCUUCCGUGGAUGAAAGGUUUUGGGGUAACCCUUAGGUCUCCUAGCUCGUGGCUGAGCUGGGACACCUUGGCAAUUCCCACUAACUGGGGUUCUUGGGCCUGUUUUCAAACUGAGCCACAAGCGAAAUUUCUCCGCCCUUCGAAUGACAUUCGUUCCCCCUUUGCGGGUGCAUUGAAGCUCCAUGCCUAGCAGAGGUUGUCGGCGGAACGCAUGCAGCAGCUGCAAGGGCGUUGGGACUCUGGGGAGCAUGUGCUGAGGCUAAUGGUCUGAGUCUUACCAACCAGGCCAGCUUUAGGGAGCCAGCUAACAGAUCAAUGUGUUUUACAGUGCUUUGAGCAUGUGCAGGCUAAGUGCUAAGUAUUAUCCAGUCCCAAAUCCUGUGUCCAGAGCUGUUGUGCCUCAAAUCUGGGGGCAGUGGCUUGAGAGGGAAGGGAAUGCAGAGGCGAGCCCGGUGGACUCAUGCCCCCUGUCGAGGGCAGAAAGGUGAGUGUUGUCAUCUGGGGGCAGUGGGCUUGAGAGGGAAGGGAAUGCAGAGGCGAGCCCGGUGGACUCAUUCCCCCUGUUGAGGGCAGAAAGGUGAGUGUUGUCAUCUGGGCAGGAAGAUGGCAGGGGAGCACCGUGGGGCCUAUCCGAGGUGUAGUCAAGUAGGUGGCGCUGCUGCUCCUCCAUUCUAAUUGCAGGUUUCUGAGGACUGUUGGAGCGAGAGAGUCAGCUUCCUGCAACCGGAUCCUCCUCGCUGACAGAGCAGGUUCUGUCAUCUGCGCCUCUAGCCAUGGACCUACGAGCAGAGCUUUUAAAAUCCAUCUGGUACGCCUUCACCGCCCUGGAUGUGGAGAAAAGUGGCAAAGUGUCCAAAUCCCAGCUGAAAGUGCUCUCUCACAACCUGUACACGGUGCUUCAUAUCCCCCAUGACCCAGUGGCGCUGGAGGAGCAUUUCCGGGAUGAUGACGACGGACCGGUAUCGAGCCAGGGCUACAUGCCUUACCUCAACAAAUACAUCCUGGAUAAGGUGGAGGAAGGGGCUUUUGUCAAGGAGGAUUUUGAUGAGCUCUGCUGGACAUUGACGGCAAAGAAGAAUUACAAGCCCGACCGGAAUGGGAACAGUGUCGUGUCCCAUAAGGAUGCCUUCAAGCUCUGGUGUCUCUUUAACUUCCUCUCUGAAGACAAAUACCCUCUUGUCAUGGUCCCAGAUGAGGUGGAGUACCUGCUGAAGAAGGUCUGCACCUCCAUGAACGUGGAGCUGAACUGCUGCGAGCUGGAUGACUACCUCUCGCAGGAUCCCCAGCACCAGAACGGCAUGACGGUCUGGCAAUUCCUGGACCUGGUGAACUCGGGGAAACUCCUGCGGGGGAUCGAGCGGGAGGCCGUCAGCAUGGCCGUUGAAGAGGUGUACCAGGAGGUCAUUGAGGACAUGCUCAAACAGGGCUACCUCUGGAAGAAGGGCCAGCUGAGGCGGAACUGGUCCGAGCGAUGGUUCACACUAAAGCCCAGUGCCCUCUCCUACUACAUGAGCGAGGAGCGGAAGGAGAAGAAAGGCAGCAUUGCCUUGGACAAACACUGCUGCGUGGAGGUCCUGCCCGACCGGGAAGGCAAAAGGUGCAUGUUCUGCGUGAAAACCUCUUCCCGCACGUAUGAGAUGAGUGCCUCGGACACCAAGCAGCGGCAGGAGUGGACGCUAGCCAUUCAGACGGCGAUCCGGUUGCAAACAGAGGGGAAGAAGUCCCUGCACAAGGACCUGAAGCAGAAGCGCAGGGAGCAGAGGGAGCAGCGGGAGAGGCGGAAGGCCGCCAAGGAGGAGGAGAUGCAGCGGCUCAAGCAGCUGCAGGAGGAGAAGGAGCGGAAGCUGCAGGAGCUGGAGCUGCUCAAGGAGGCCCAGCGGCAGGCGGAGCUGCUGCUGCAGGAGGAAGAGCAGCGGCGCCGGCUGCAGCACGAGGAGAUGCAGAGGACCUUGGAGGUCCAGCUGAAGGAGGCUGAGCAGGCUCGCGCCUCCAUGCAGGCUGAGAUGGUGCUGAAGGAGGCGGAGGCCGAGCGGCAGCGGAAGCGGAUCGUGGAGCUGGAGGAGAUGCAGGAGCGGCUCCAGGAGGCCCUGCACCAGGAGGUGAAGGCACGGCAGGACGAGGAGUCUGUGAGAUACGCCCAGGCCAGGUUGCUGGCUGAGGAGGAGGAGAAGCUGAAGGAGCUGAUGAAGCUGAAGGAGGAGCAGGAGGAAUACAUCAUCCAGACCCAGCGGGAGAAGCAGGUCCUUAAGCAGGAGAUGGAAAACAAGAGCAAAUAUUUGGAAGAGGCCCAAAAGCAGCUGGAAGAAGUGAGAGAGAAUAGGCAGAGGGUAGACCAGGAUGUCAUGGCGGCCCAGAGGAAGCUCCGACAGGCCAGCACCAAUGUCAAGCACUGGAACGUCCAGAUGAAUCGACUGAUGCACCCCAUUGGGCCAGGAGAGAAGCGUACGACAACGUGUGGAGGAUUCCCCAGCAUCCCACCCGUGCUCCUCACCAGGAGGGAGUCGUCCCUCAAGCUCAGGCAGAGAUUAGAAGAUAAGAACUAUGAUCUUGAGAGGGAAGACAGCAAGAAGAACGUGAACAAUGGAGAGACCAGGAGGCUGUCGCUAUCUCCUGACAUGGACACCACGGCCACAGAACCCUCCGACUAGCCUCAGGAGCAUGGCAGAGCCCAGCGCAGAACUGUGGGCACCUCGGGGCGUUCAGACUAGCAAGAGUAGUCAAUGCGGUGAUCUCUGUAGGGAGAUGAGCUGUAUGUAGACACAUGCCAGAGAGAAGUACAGAUUCUAUAGGAGACGUAUAUAAUGCAUCUAGGGCAGCGGUGCUUCCACUUUAUGCAACUAAAGAUUGGUUGCAAAAUGCGAGGAGCCCCAGAGCCACACCUGACUUGCGGAGAUACUGCGGCUUCUACCAUCUGUGUUGCACAGGUGCAGCCCUUGGCGAUUACAACUCCCAGCAUGCUGUGCUCCGUUUUGACCGAGCAGCCUGCUGCCUUCCAUAGUAAAGCCGAGGGUGGCUGUGGAUUGCCUUGUAGAAUCCUGCAGACUGUUUGGCCCAUGGACCCUGCUCUGGCCACCCGCCCCCGGGUUAGGAUUUCCCAGCUAAUUGCUAUUGCAACCACAGCCAUCUAGCACCCCGAGAUGUAAAGUGCAUGGCUCAUGUAAAGGUGACGUCCAAAAGAGACUUCAAAAAUUGAGCUGUGCCUUAUUUUGCUUAUUUUAUAAAGACAGCCAAGAAGAUGUUUGGGAUUUUUUUACCUUAAAUAUCGGCCUUGUCAAAUCUUCCCUAUUUUCCCAGGAGGACCCAUGGGUAUUGUGUGCCUUCACGCCUUUAUAGAGGGGGUAGGGAGGGACUCUAACAAAGAUGUGCUUUCUCUAAGGUCUUCAUUAGUCACUGGAGUCAAAUAGAUGCUAACCAAAAGGAACCAGAAAUAAAGCUUUUUAAAACAA